GCCUUCCCUUCUUGUCCAGGCAGACGCACCCCCCGGUCAUCCUCCUUCGCUCCUUCCAUUCUACUGGUAUCAUCUACAGCAGCAGAGUUCACUCCAGUCUACCACGUCAACCAGCUGCCCAACAUGAUCAAGUCCAUUCAGCAAAUGAAUGGCGCACUGAACAAUGCAAAGCCAUAUUCAGCCAUCAGCGUCUGGUUCGACAAGCUGACUAGCAACAACUUCAAAGAGGACGACUAUGACGGCAUUCCCGAACUUACCGAAGCCAUCACUCUGCAGGGUGGAGGUCCGACCGAGGCAGCAAGAUGUGUGCGGAAGCAGCUCAAGUACGGCAGCGUGCAUGGACAGAAGCGAACCUUGACCAUUCUUGGGGCACUGGUGGAGAAUGCGGGUCCACGAUUCCAAACCACAUUUGCCGACGAGCGUCUGGUCACACAGAUCAAGCUCACAUCAGCUGACCCACUCGUAGACGCCUCUGUCCGCCGCAAGCUCAUGCGUCUGCUCCUCUCAUGGCAACAUCAAUACUCUGGCGAGCCUACCCUACGUACUAUCUCAUCGCUGUAUGUAGCUUGUGGUGGGGGCAGGGAGAGGCAGGAGAGAGAGGCGCAGAGGAAACGCAGUGAGGCAGAGGAGCUACUGAGGAAGCAAGAAGAGGAGCGUAGGAGAGAGAUGCAAGUACGAAUGGACCGCAAGACGGCAGAGAAGCUGCAGAAGGAGGAGGAUAAGAAGAGAAGCAAGCUGGGGGCAAAGGGGAAGAAAGCUCCCGCUCGCUUCAAUUACGAGGCGGAGAAGCCGAUGAUUCUCAAUCACCUUGCUACGUCUAGUCGGUCUGCUACAGCCCUCGUCAACACCUUGCAGCACGUCAAUCGAGAGAAGGAGAGCGUCUCUGCAAAUGCCAAGGUAGUGCAGGCGCUGAAUGAUGUCAAGACGGAAAGAAAGACCAUUGUCAGGUAUAUUCAGCUGUGUCAGGAGGAGGAUAUGCUAGGCGCCCUCAUCGAGGCCAACGAGAGAAUCAUGGUUGCUCUGCAGCUGUACGACAAGCUAUCGAAACCGGAUACGUCAGAUUCUGAGGACGAGACGCUUCUCGCGGCUAUUCCAUCUAACAAGCCCACCGCUGCUCAACGAGCCGAAGCUGAGGACGCUGAGAUCGAGGCCGUGCGACAAAGUCUCGCCAGAUCCGACUUCCAUAGUGGCAAGCCCACUGCAUCCAAGGGCGGCGAUGAUGAGUGGGAGGGCGAAAUUGAAAAGCUGCAAUUCAGACAGAGGAUGGGCAUCAACAGGCACAACUCUCGAAGGGGUGACCUCAAGGGAGCAGGAGCGAUGCAGGAUCUGCUCGAUCUAGACUUUGACGAGACCAGCACCAACUCUGGCCCCAGCUUGAGGCCGUCGAAGACGUCUGCCUCUACGUCGACCAGGAGCGGUGGCGCAAGUGGCGCUGGCGGCAGUGCUGCUCAGCAUGGCAGUCUGUCGGACUACUCUGACUACGAUGACGAGUCUUCGGACGAGGAGACGCAUCAGCAGCAGAAGCCCGUUGCUGGAAUGGGUGUUCCUGCCUCCUCACGAGGCCUUGCGCCACCGGGAGAUUCACCCUCGCUUCUCUCCCCCGCUCAUUCUGGCUCCACAACUCAAUCGCAGCAUGGCGCUGCUUUGGAAGCCUGGAGAAGAUCGCACAAGUCUCGCAUUGGAGAGGAGACGUCUAGUCUGUGGAGCAAGGAGGAUGAGGAUAGGUGGAUUCAGGGAGGAGGAGGCGAUGAUGAUGAGGCCGAGGAGGAUCCAUUUGGAGACGAGUGGGAGGAAGUGGCGGGCAAGCUGAGAGCAAGUGGUGCAGAGACGGGCAGGAGGGAGUGGGCGGCAGUCUGAUUUCAGAGGUAUCCGUUGGUCUGGCCCAUCUAUCGCACUGGAGACGCUAUCUUGGCGUUUGAAACGCACCGCAGUUGCCAAUUGGAAAAUGUUGAUAUACGGAAGGUAGCUUGUGGACGUGAAACCGGCAGCUGUCAGGAGAUCAGGCAAGGAUACAAUCGCUGACCGGACAAGGGUAGUGGCGGCGGGAUUAUC